AUGGUCGAGCUGAAAUUUCAGAAACGCCCAAUUAUUUUUGAGACUGGUUGGGUUGAGCAAAUUCAAAAAGUGAAAAGGAAACAGGAGGACGACCCACCUAUUCCAGCAAGAGUGAAAAAGAAAGAGGAGGACGACUCUUCUAUUCCAGUAAAAGUGAAAAAGAAAGAAGCCGACGACUCUCCUAUUCCAGCAGAAAUGAAAAAGAAAGAGGAGGACGACUCGCCUAUUCCAGCAAAAGUGAAAAAGAAAGAGGAGGACGACUCUGCUAUUCCAGUAAAAGUGAAAAAGAAAGAAGCCGACGACUCUCCUAUUCCAGCAGAAAUGAAAAAGAAAGAGGAGGACGACUCACCUAUUCCAGCAAAAGUGAAAAAGAAAGAGGAGGACGACUCUUCUAUUCCAGUAAAAGCGAAAAAAAAGCCGGUCAGCUGUAAUAGCGUUCCUCCCGGACGCACGUGA